ACAAAGACCUUUGAACAGAAAAUAAUCUUAAACAAACAUAUCUUUCUCUUCUGGUUAUGUUUCAUUUCUUUCACUUGUUUGGUCCUUGCUCUCUCUCUAAAAGAGCUUCUCUCACUUGAAAUUUCUCAAAUUUGACCCAUCAAUGGAAACAUCAAUGAAACUCCAAGAAAAUCAAAACCCAUCUCUAGUUUCAUCACCAAAUAGCAAUAGCACCAACAGUUCAAGCUCUAGUAACACAACCCACCAGAAAAGCAUGACCCACCCAUGUACGCCCAGAGCUCCGGCUCCGCCACCGGUCAUCAGAUCCGAACCUAACAACCCGAACCCGACAACUUUUGUUCAAGCUGACUCGUCUUCAUUCAAGCAAGUAGUUCAGAUGCUCACCGGAUCUUCAGAUACAGCGAAAAUUGCUGCUAAUGCUUCUAACCGACCCGACCCGAUUAAGAAUCCCAUACCAAUUGUGAAAACCGGGUCAAAGAAAGAGAAGGCGUCUAAGCUUUAUGAGAGGCGAAACAGCAUGAAGAACUUCAAAAUCAGCCCAUUGAUUCCGGGUCUUGUGAAUGGGUAUUCGGGUUCGCCCCGAAAACCCAGCCCGGCCGAAAUUCUGUCACCCAGUAUGCUGAAUUUCCCAUCACUAGUUCUUAGCCCGGUGACACCUUUGAUACCCGACCCGUUUAACAGGUCUCAGCAAAAUGGGCUGGGUCCGAAUAUUAACAUGGACGCCGAAAACAAAGCAAUUGCUCACAAGGGAUUUUAUUUGCAUCCAUCUCCAUCAAAUACUCCAAGAGGUUCGGAGCCCCGGCUUUUGCCUUUGUUUCCUGUCACAUCUCCUAGAGCUUCAGGUUCUUCUAAUUCAUCAUGAAUUGAUACACGAGAUUGAUGUAUGAUUUUUAUGUAUAAGCAUUUAUAUGUAAUUCCAAUUGUUGAGCUAAAUGUUGUGAUAUAAUAAUCCAGAGUUGAAAAAGAAACAAGCUUUUGUUUCAAUUGUAAAAUUUGAGUUCCCCAUGUGUCUUGUACUUCUUUUUUUGGAUUUAAUUGCAGCUAAGUUGUCUUCAAA